UCCUGCAGCCCCCCGAACUGACGGAGCAGCCCCCGGAGCAGCUCGUCGUCUUCCCCAGUGAUGAUGUCGUCCUCAAGUGCACUGCCACCGGCAACCCCCCCAUCCAGUACCGUUGGACGCGGGAGGACCAGCCCUUCGUCCCCGAGGACCACCCGGGGGUGACGGUGACCCCCGGCACGGGGACGCUGGUCAUCAACGCCAGCCUGGCCGGCCGCCUGCAGGGCCGGUACCGCUGCUUCGCCGCCAAUGCCCUGGGCACCGCGCUCUCCCUUGAGGCCCGCGUCAUCGCCGAGAACACGCCGCAGUGGCCCAAGGAGAAGGUGAUGCCGGUGGAGGUGGAGGAGGGGGAUCCCGUGGUGCUGCCCUGCGACCCCCCCAAGAGCGCCGUGCCCCCCAAGAUCUACUGGCUCAACAGCC